GAAGUCGCGAGGGUAUCGUGGUUCUCCGUCCCUUGGACGGAGUGCGCAGCAGAUAUUCCGUGACGCACGAGAGAAUCUGGUGGCAGAGCGGGCGUCGUAUCGUCCUUCCGUACACUUUAUUUGCGCUUUCAUUGGAAGGAUCUUAACUCGCGCCUCGUUGACUGUCGAACGUUGCGCAACCGUGGCAAACAUCGUCAUUCUUAUCGGCGAUGGAAAAAUAUUCAUCGCUACUUUCGCAGAGCGACGCUUGUUGCGUACGCGAGCGAAGAAACCGAGACAAACAAGAUAGUUGGGAGGGGGUAGACAGCGGUAACGUUUCCAAUAUCUCGCUUCCACUGGUUCUCGCGUAAUGUCUGUGACGUCAGGCCAUUCCGACGCUCCGAUUGGUUGUGGGCAUAGGGACGAGAGAGGGGGGAAAGGGGUCGCUUCCGCAUGGCGCUCUAACCCCCCUGGCGGCUUUAUAAGACUCCAAGCUCGGGGCAGCUGUCAGUGAUGAGCAGAGCUAGGACCCAGGUAGCGAGCUUGAAACCCUCUACGCGGGCUUAUCGAAGAUGCCUUCCUCCGGAUCGACCCAGGUCCUCGUUCGACGCGAUACCGGCGCGGUAGCGUCGUUGCCGUCCUCUUCUCUGGACAACUCUCGCCAGACCGAACGGUCUUUGAAAUGUCUGCAGUCGCAAUUAAAGCAACAGGUCUGCGUGGCCCGUGCGCUGAGCACAUCUUCAGCACUGCGCCAGCAGCCCACGCUGAGCAGCCUACCACAGGAAGUGAGGGCCUACGUGGAGGAGAAGCAGCGCAUCUGCCAGCCCAGCACAGUUCAUGUGUGCGAUGGCAGCGAUGCUGAGAACAGCCACCUCCUCGACCUAAUGCUCAAGUCCGGCAGCAUUGUUCCACUGCCCAAGUAUCGCAACUGUUACCUGGCUCGUACGGACCCUGCUGAUGUUGCCCGGGUUGAGAGCCGCACAUUCAUCAGCACGGAUCGCCGAGAGGACACCAUCCCAACUCCCAAGGAGGGAGUCAAGGGCACUCUUGGCAACUGGAUGUCUCCCUCGGACCUCCAGAAGGCACUGGACGAACGUUUUCCUGGAUGCAUGAAGGGACGUACCAUGUACGUGAUCCCAUUCAGCAUGGGCCCACUGGGCUCCCCUCUUGGCAAGAUUGGAAUUCAGCUGACCGACUCUCCCUACGUUGUGGCUAGCAUGCGCAUCAUGACCCGUAUGGGAGCCGAUGUGCUCAAGGCCCUGGGCAACAACGGCUUCAUCAAGUGCCUCCACUCUGUUGGCCAGCCCCUGCCGAUGGCUAAGCCUGCGAUCAACAACUGGCCAUGCAAUCCAGAGAAGACCAUCAUUUCCCACAUCCCCGCCAACAAUGAGAUCUGUUCCUUUGGAAGUGGCUACGGUGGCAACUCGCUGUUAGGCAAGAAGUGCUUUGCGCUGCGUCUGGGAUCCAUCCUUGCCCAGAGAGAAGGCUGGCUCGCCGAGCAUAUGCUGAUUCUGGGCAUUACCAACCCCAAGGGCCAGAAGAAGUACAUUGCUGCUGCCUUUCCCAGUGCGUGUGGCAAGACAAACCUGGCCAUGAUGACACCCAGUCUGCCUGGCUACAAGGCAGAGUGCGUGGGUGACGACAUUGCCUGGAUGAAGUUUGACGAGAAUGGAGUGCUCAGGGCCAUCAAUCCAGAGUAUGGGUUCUUCGGGGUGGCUCCUGGCACGUCCAUGAUGACCAACCCCAAUGCCAUGAAGACGGUCCAGGAGAACACAAUCUUCACCAACGUGGCGGAGACGAGCGACGGGGGCUUCUGGUGGGAGGGCAUGGAGGAACCCGCCGGAGGGAUCCGCAUCAAGUCCUGGCUCGGCGAGGAGAACUGGACCCGAAGCUCGGGCAAACCGGCCGCGCACCCCAACUCCCGCUUCUGCACCCCGGCCCGCCAGUGCCCCAUCAUCGACCCGGCCUGGGAAGACCCCAAGGGGGUGCCAAUCUCGGCCAUCCUCUUCGGCGGCCGCAGGCCCGAAGGUGUUCCCUUGGUGUACGAAGCCUUCAAUUGGGAGCACGGUGUGUUCAUUGGAUCAGCCAUGAGGUCGGAAGCUACUGCUGCUGCUGAGCACAAAGGCAAGGUGAUCAUGCACGACCCAUUUGCAAUGCGCCCAUUCUUUGGCUACAACUUCACCAACUACCAGCGGCAUUGGCUGAGUCUGGGAAGCAAGCCAGGACGCACCCUACCCAAGAUCUUCCACGUCAACUGGUUCCGCAAGGGUUCAGACGGGAAAUUCCUCUGGCCCGGCUUCGGGGAGAACAGCCGCGUCAUCGACUGGAUUUGCCGAAGGGUUGACCAAGAGAGCGGCACAGCAAAGGAAUCUCCAAUCGGCUACCUUCCCUCAGAAGGUGCCCUGAACCUCGAUGGACUUCAGGACGAAGUGAACAUGGGGGAGCUCUUCGAACUCCGCAAGGACUUCUGGCUCAAGGAGUGCCGGGAAAUUCGCCAGUACUUCGACGAACAGCUGGGAAAAGAACUGCCCAGCGAAAUUGCCAAGCAGCUGGAUCAGUUGGAGCAGAGGGUGAAUGCCAUGUAGGCAGAGGAGCAUAGGGCAGUCCAGACAUAGAGCUUACUACAAGUGCCAUGACAAACGUCCUUACCUCUUUUACAUGUUACUGUUGGUUGUGGCAAUGCGUGAAAACGUGCCUAGCCGGGUUGUUGCUCUUGGGACCAAAUAAUCGAGAGUGCCCGGCUCUUUCCAGUAAUGAGCUGUGGUUUGUUUGUUGCCAUUUUUUUGUAUCGUAAGGCAAGUUCUGAGAGAGUCCUUACGUUUUUAACUUAAUAAUUUGGUCUAGUCUCUUGCAGGAAUUUGUAAAUAUAACGAGGGCAUGUAUUUAUGCGUUUUUUAGCUGUUGAAAUUUUUUUUUUUUAAUACCUUGGCUCGGCACAUGGAGGACAAUAAAAAAUUGAUAUAUUUUCGUA